AUGUCCAAUCCGCCCUCGCCGCAGAGGCUUCCUCAAGAUCAACCUGCAUCACCUUCCAAUGAGCCACGGAUCACUGCUGCAACGCAGACACCUUCGACCACUUCACCUUCGAUGCCCAUUGCGGCUGCCCUCAGCCCUGCAUACGGCCAAUCUCCAUAUGCAUCCCGGGAAUCUGCUCUGUUCCAACACGCGCAUACAACUGCAACCAUUACGCAGCCUCCCCGACCGUUCUCAUCCUACAGUACGACACACUCGCAGCAAUCGUUCGGUGGACAGCCGGCAUCCUUUGCCAGCGUCGCAAGCUCGUCGACAGAUGCGCCCUCCAGCCAGAGAGGUGGGCGUAAAUCCAAAGCUCACGUUGCGUCGGCAUGCAUCAAUUGUAAAAGAGCGCACUUGAGCUGUGAUGUGAAUCGGCCAUGCACAAGAUGCGUGUCCACUGGCAAACAGGACACUUGCUUCGAUGUUCAGCACAAAAAGCGAGGACGACCACGUCUACGAGAUGAGAGCAAUUUCAAAGUUGAGCGAAUGGUGCCAGACAGUGCACUUCCCACUCCAAUGCACUACGCAGGCUUUGAACCGGGACUUCGAACGAUAGCCACUCCACGCUCUCGGCGCGCCGAAUCAUUUCGUUCUUUACGAUUCGAAGAUGGCAAUCGCCCUGGGACAAGCGAGAAUUUGUCUCUGCAGUACCCGGGCUCAGGAAUAGCGACUGCGGCUGCGUUCCAGCAUCAGUUUCCUCCGCUGCCUCCGGAUUACGAGGUGCCCACUGCCUUCCUUGACAUGGACUUGAUCAUCCUGAAGGCCAAUGAUCCGUUCUGUCAAAUUAUGUCAAUUGCUGAAGCAGAAGCAAUUGGUCGCGCGCUUAGCGAGAUCGCCAGACCGCUGGACGGAGAAAGCUUUCAAGCAAUCAGAGCAGCGAUGAGGAUCGAACGUGAGCGACGUGAUCCAUCCUACAUGCCUCCGAUUGUACGUGCUGGUCACGAUCCUCUGGACGGUGCGAGACUCGUCGACGUGGAUCGGUACACAGAGGGAUCUGUUGAGCGCGUGCAUACUUGGACUCAGACAAAAGCAGGGCAUAGAACUCAGAGCUUUCCUGCACGCGUGCGGCUUGCGAAAACGAACGCAUAUUUCAUUGCAAUCACGCUGCCCAGCUUUCGUCCCGCGCUCGAUCCUCCGCCUCCUCCUUUGCUGCCACCACAUCCGCCGCCUUCCUUCGAUCUGUCUCAACAGCCUCGAGAUCGCGACCCCGCACCCCGGCGUUAUGCAUCACUAUCGGCACCUGCAGCACCGUUUUUGCAACAGUCGAUGACUGCACCGUUGUUGGCCCCGCUUCGGACGACGGGGCAUCAACCGACGCGCUCCUACCCGCCACCUCAACCGCCGCUUCCGUAUCAGCGAGAAACGCAGCAACCCGCUCUACCGCCCUCGAGUUAUCCUUCCUCAAGUCACCUCCCUCCGAUACCUCCAUCUCGACCAUCACCUGCAGAAGCCAUUCCCGAAACACAAUCGUACGCGCCACAACGAACACCGCAAGAGCUGCCGCCUCCCAGGCGAGACUUACGUGGUGUGAUACAGCUUCCGCCAAUCCUGACUGGUGCAGCACCACCCAUGAGCCACCCACCGACCACAGGCAGUGAGCCAACAGCAUCUGGCCCUCCGAGCUUCGGUGCUGGCGACACGGGACGAUCUGGCGAGGUUUCAGGCGAAGAAGGCGCAGGCGCAUCACGGUCGCCUGGCAGGAAGCGACGGAAGUUGGACUUGGGCGAUGUCUUACAUAAGGACUGA